CGCGUCAAGCCCUACAAGGACCUGGUGUCCUGGCCUGAUCUUUCGACGGCCCCAGUUGAUGUCGCUGAACUCGUCGGGGAGGCCGAGCGCGAGUGUUUGUCGGGAUGGAGACGGACCAUGCUCAAGGGUGAGUCGUCUGCUUCAGAUCUGAGUGCGGCUUCGGUGCCGCAGCGCCCUUGCGUCGACCCGAUUUUGGGCAACGGCCCCAGGGCCUACGCCGGCUUCGUGGGGGAGUUGCUGCAGGGCGGUAUGAUCUCUGUCCGCGUGGUUGGCAAGGGCACGCUUCGCCUCGUCUUCGACGCGAGGGUGGCGAACGAGGGCUUCGCGGCGCCGCCCAAGACCACGCCCCCCACGGCGGCGGCGCGGGCCGCCCUGGAGUCGGGCCACCCCGCGGUGCUGGCCCAGGGCGACAUCCAGCGCGCCUUCUACCACAUGCUCGUGCCGAAGGGCAUGGAGGAGCUGUUUACGCUGGCCACCAUCUCCAAUCGCUUGCUCAAUGCCAAUCAGCUCGACGGCCUCCCCAUCCCUUCCGACUGCUUCCUCCAGCCGAUGGU